AUGGUGGCGGACCUCUCGCGGAGACUGAACGCUACCCCAAACCAAAAUGUUAUCAAUCCCGACAUCAGCGACAUCGAUGAAGAAGAGGACGUACUCAACCCACAACAUGAAGACUUCGAUAUUCGAAAGUGGCUGCAGCUUUUCACUAAGGGACUCGAGGACCAGGGACACAAGGGACUACGUACUGGUAUAGUCUUUAAGACUCUAAGCAUAUCAGGAUCUGGCGAGCCGGUACAAUUUCAACAAACGGUUGCGGAUAUCCUACGAGCACCCCUUAAAAUCAUGAGUUUAUUUUCGCGACAAAGGACAAGGGAGAGAAAGAUACUGCACAGUUUCAACGGUCUCGUCAAGAGCGGGGAGUUGCUUUUAGUCCUUGGUAGACCGGGCUCGGGAUGUAGUACCCUACUGAAGUCGCUUUGCGGAGAGCUCUCUGACCUGCACGUCCACGAGAAGUCUAUCAUCCACUACAAUGGUAUCCCGCAGGAUAAGAUGGUGAAUGAGUUCCGAGGAGAGGUAACAUACAAUCAGGAGGUUGAUAAACAUUUCCCUCAGCUUACUGUUGGGGAAACGUUGGAGUUCGCGGCUGCAUGUCGCACUCCGUCUCCCGAGAUCCAUGGUAUGUCUCGCAAGGAGUUCAGUGAACACGUGGUUAGGAUAGUCAUGGCUGUCUGUGGCCUAUCUCAUACGUAUAACACUAGAGUUGGUAAUGACUUCAUCCGUGGUGUUUCUGGUGGAGAAAGGAAACGUGUUAGUAUAGCAGAAAUGAUGUUAUCCGGAUCAUCAAUAUCGGCGUGGGAUAACAGUACUCGAGGACUUGACUCGGCUACAGCGCUUAAGUUCGUGCAGAGUCUUAGACUGGCAUCCGAUCUAAGUGGGAGUGUGAACGCUGUGGCCAUCUACCAGGCCAGUCAGGCCAUCUAUGACGAGUUUGACAAAGUGACCGUUCUCUAUGAAGGGAGACAAAUCUACUUCGGCCCUGCUAAUGAGGCGAAGACCUUCUUUGAGGAUCAAGGAUGGAACUGUCCCCCCCGACAGACGACGGGAGAUUUCCUUACUGCUUUAACUAAUCCCAGUGAGCGCACACCCCGUCGCGGAAUGGAGGACCGAGUGCCCCGAACUGCCUAUGAGUUCCAGCAGUAUUGGCGCAACUCGCCAGAGUUCAAAGAACUCCAACGUGAAAUUUCCCAGUAUCAUCGACAAUCGCGCAUUGCUAGAAGCCAUGAAGUCAUAACGGAUCUGAGGAGCGCCAAGAAUUUCAUGCAAGCCAAAUACGUUCGCCCUAAGUCACCAUACACUAUUAGUCUACCGAUGCAAGUUGACCUUACUACCAAGCGAGCGUACCAACGUCUAUGGAACGAUAAGUCCGCGACAAUUGCAACAACUAUGCUCUACGUGGUAAUCGCUCUCGUCGUAGGAUCAAUCUACUAUGGGACACCAAACAGUACCGACAGUUUUCAGGCCAAAGCAGCUGUUCUGUUUCUCGCCAUUCUAAUCAAUGCUCUAACAGCUCUUGCUGAAAUCAAUACUCUAUACGCUCAAAGGCCAAUCGUGGAAAAGCAUGCUUCAUAUGCAUUCUAUCAUCCAGCAGCCGAGGCCAUCGCUGGCAUAGUAGCAGACAUACCAAUCAAGUUCAUACUAGCAGUCGGAUUCAAUAUCGUCUUAUACUUUUUAGGCGGGUUACGCCGGGAAGCGGGACCAUUCUUCUUAUACUUUCUCAUCAUAUUUAUAGCCACCUUCGUCAUGAGCGCCAUCUUCCGAACACUAGCUGCCGUUACGUCGAGUAUCUCGCAAGCAAUGUCGUUAGCAGGUGUUAUGAUAUUAAUACUGGUCAUUUACGGAGGCUUUGUGAUCGCGGUACCUCAAAUGAAACCUUGGUUCGCGUGGCUUCGCUGGCUUAAUCCUGUUUACUAUGGGCUCGAAAUUUUAAUUGCCAACGAGCUUCACCGUCGGGAGUUCACUUGCGCAAGUCUGGUUCCUAAUUAUAUGCCCGUGCAAGGCGACUCUUGGAUCUGCGCUGCUGUCGGGGCCGUCGCCGGUAGUAUGACUGUCAAUGGUGAUGACUUUAUGAGCGCUAACUACGGAUACCACUACUCGCAUGUUUGGCGUAAUUUUGGUAUCCUACUAGCAUUUCUCAUAGCUUUCCUGGCGUCAUACGUUAUUGCGACCGAGCUCAACUCGUCGACCGGUAGCUCCGCCCAAGUUCUCAUUUUCCAACGAGGACGGUUACCCGCAUCUCUAACGAAGAAUGAGCAGAGCAUGCUAGAUAUUAAGGCUUCAUCGGAUACUCUGAUAACAGAUAUGGCCGCUCCUCCCACUGCCCCACGAGAUAAAACUCCAGGAAUCCAGCCGCAGAGAGAUAUUUUCACAUGGAGAGAUGUUGUAUACGACAUCGAGAUCAAAGGCGAGUCACGCAGACUCCUCGAUCAUGUCUGCGGGUGGGCAAAGCCCGGUACACUCACAGCUCUGAUGGGUGUAUCCGGAGCGGGAAAAACCACACUUCUUGAUGUUCUCGCGCAGCGAACUAGCACAGGUGUAAUCACCGGCGACAUGCUCGUCAGCGGCAAGCCCUUGGCCGCCAGCUUCCAACGUAACACCGGAUAUGUUCAACAACAAGAUCUCCACCUCGAAACCGCGACCGUCCGCGAAAGCCUACGUUUCAGCGCCGAACUCCGACAAUCCCGAACUGUUAGCCGAGAAGAAAAACACGCUUUCGUUGAAGAAGUCAUACACAUGCUCAGUAUGGAAGAAUUCGCCGAUGCUGUAGUCGGGCAACCUGGCGAGGGCCUCAACGUGGAACAGCGCAAACUCCUUAGUAUCGGGGUGGAACUCGCGGCCAAGCCCAAGCUUCUGCUCUUUUUGGAUGAGCCAACUAGUGGUCUCGACUCGCAGAGUUCGUGGGCGAUUUGCGCGCUUCUGCGCAAGUUGGCGGAUUCGGGACAGGCUGUGCUGUGUACCAUCCACCAGCCGAGUGCGCUGCUAUUCCAGCAGUUCGAUCGAUUGUUGUUCCUAGCCAGAGGAGGAAGGACGAUAUACUUUGGCGAUGUAGGACGGGAUUCCCGCAUAUUGCUUGAUUAUUUCGAAGCCAAAGGUGCGCGUCGGUGUGAUGACCAAGAGAACCCUGCCGAGUAUAUGUUGGAGAUCGUGAACGAAGGGGCCCAGGAUUGGCACGCGAUAUGGAAUGCGAGUGAGGAACGACAAGCUACGAAUGUUGAACUCGAUCGCAUUCAUGCCUCGGCGGGUAAUCAAUCCUCAUCUCACGACAACGAUGAUCAUGGAGAGUUCGCGGCGUCUUUUAUGACACAAUUGCGUCUCAUUACAUAUAGGACUUUCCAGCAAUACUGGAGAAUGCCUAGUUACGUUAUGUCGAAAUGGGCACUCUCCAUAGCUUCGGGUAUCUUUAUCGGCUUCUCAUUCUGGAAAUCAGGUAGUACCCAAGCGGGGAUGUCCAAAGUGCUCUUCGGCGUGUUCAUGAUCACGACCUUGUUCUCUCCUUUUGUUCAACAGAUCCACCCUAUCUUCACAACCCAACGCGCGCUCUACGAAGUCCGCGAGCGUCCAUCUAAAGUCUACUCUUGGCAAUCCUUCCUCGUCGCCAGCACCGUAGUCGAGUUACCAUAUCAAGCAAUCGCCGGCAUCCUCGUCUUCGCCUGCGUAUACUACCCAAUGGUCGGGGUACAAGCGUCCAUCCGACAAGGCACAGUCCUCCUCUUUAUCAUUCAGUUCUUCCUGUAUACGACAACAUUCGCGCACAUGACCGUCGCCGCGCUUCCAAACCCGCACACAGCCGCAGCCCUAGUCACCUUACUCACGCUGCUAAGUCUCAUCUUCUGCGGUGUAUUCCAACAACCUGCCGCACUCCCAGGAUUCUGGAUCUUUAUGUACCGGGUGUCGCCGUUCACAUACUGGAUCGGCGGCAUCGUAGGUACACUUCUACACGACCGCGCCGUAGACUGCUCCGCAACCGAGACCGCCGUAUUCAACCCUCCAGCCAACGAGACAUGCGGGGAGUACAUGUAUGGAUUCUUGAAAACGGCGCCGGGGUACUUGCUCAAUCAGGAUGAUACGACCCAAUGCCGGUACUGCAGCUAUAAGAACGCAGACCAGUACCUAGCGCCGAGCGGUGUUGAGUAUUCCGACAGAUGGCGGAACUUUGGCCUAGUCUGGGUUUUCAUUGUAUUUAACCUUAUGGUCACCGUUACGACUUAUUAUCUCUUCCGUGUGGCUAAGUGGAAAGGGUUCAAGAGGUAA